AUGUCUGACGAGGCCACCGCCCCCGUGGAGCAGAAGGCGCCAGACACCAAGCCCGAGGCAAGCGCGCCUGCUGCUGACGUCGUCAAGACGGACGAUGCGCAACCCUCCACCACCGCGACCGACGACAAGCCUGCCGCAACCAAGGAAACCACCGCAGCUGCAGCGGAAGCCGAGAAGCCCGCAGCCAAGGCCGACGUCGAGAUGAAGGACGCCCCCGAGGCUGUCGAGAAGGCGUCAGCGCCGGCUGAGAAGGCCGACGAGCCAGAAGCCAAACCCGAGGCCCCAGCCCCAGAGCCCGAGAAGCCCGCCGAGGAGAAAUCCGCAGCCGAGGAAAAGCCUGCCAGCGAGGAGAAGCCCGCCGAGACGGCCGAGGGCGAGAGCGCGCCAGCUGCACCGGCGGCAGUCGAUGCCACGCCUGUCAACAAGAACCGCCGCAAGUCGGCAGCGGCCAGCACGGGCAAGAAGCUGAACAAGAAGCAGUCCAAGGCCAAGAUCCAGCACCUCGACGCGAAGCCGGGCGACCACUUCUUUGCCAAGCUCAAGGGCUUCCCGCCGUGGCCCGUCAUCAUUUGCGACGAGGUCAUGCUUCCCCAGAACAUGCUUGCCGCGCGCCCCGUCAGCGCUAUGCGCCCCGAUGGCACCUACCGUGACGGCUACGAGGACGGAGGAAAGAAGGUUGGGGACAGAUCCUACGCCGUCAUGUAUCUGCAGACCAACGAGUUCUCCUGGACCCGCAACACUGACCUCGAAGAUCUCGAUCCUUCCACCGUCGCCGACCUCGCUCACGCCAAGAUGCGCAAGGAUCUCGCACAAGCACACGUCCUUGCCGCCGAACAGAACGAUAUCGACCACUACAAGCAAGUACUGCGAGAUUUCGAGGAGGCCAGGGUGGCCGACCAGGAAGCCAAGGCCGCCCGCGCCCGCGCCAAGAAGGAGAAGCACACCAAGAAGUCGGAGCCCAAGGACGAAGAUGAGGAUGUUGACAUGGCCGACGUCCCAGAGGGUGACGAGUCAGAUACCAAGAAGAGCAAGAAGCGGAAGGCCGAAGAUGACGCCGGCGUCCCGCAGCGCUCGGAUUCCGUCAAGAAACCCAAGAUCAAGUUGACGAGCUCUUCCACCCCCAAGGCCGCUGCCAACGGCGUGUCCUCGCCCAAGGAGCCCGGCUCCAAGGCUUCAAAGGCCAAAUCUAAGGGAUCCAAGCCUGCCAAGGACAAGGAGGCCGACGGCGAGAAGGCGAAGAAGGAGGCUGCGCCCAAGGAGCCCGAAUUGACUCCCGAAGAGAAGCUUGCGCGCAAAGAGGCGAGUUGCCUACCGAAAGAGAUCCUGUUCCUCCGACACCGCCUGCAAAAGGGUCUUCUCAACAAGGAUGCAAACAUCAAGGAGUCAGAUAUGCAGAGCAUGUCCGACUACCUGGGCAAGCUGGAGGCUUUCCCUGACCUGGAGGGUAACAUCAUCCGGGCCACCAAGAUCAACAAGGUGCUCAAGGCCAUGCUGAAGAUUGCCGAGAUUCCCAAGGAGUCCGAGUUCAACUUCAAGCCCAGGUCGCAAGCGCUUCUGGAGCAGUGGAACAAGACUCUCGCUGUAGAGCCCACGCCCGCUGCAGCGACCGCGGCGCCUACCAAUGGUGUCAACGGCACGCCGGCCUCCAAGGAUGCCAAGGAGACCAAUGGCGUCAACGGCGAGGCCGAGACAUCGCAGGAGCCGGCCAAGGAAGAGAAGACCGAGGCCAAGGAUGAGGUGAAGGAAGCUCCAAAAGCCGAGGCCGAGGCGAAGACGGCAGCCGUGAGCGAAGAAAAGCCAGCAGAAAAGGCUGCAUCUGCUGAGGCACCCGUGGUUGAGUCGAGUGCUUAG